UUUAUUUCCUUUUGCCUUUCGCUUUUCUUUUAUUUAGUUUAGUUUCCAAUUUCCAAUCUGAAAAGAAAACUCAUUGAACUUAUUACAAUCACAAUGCGACGCAUCAAUAUUGAUCGAAAUGGUCAGCGAGAUGUUGCUACAAAUCAAGAUUUGGCAGACAUGUUCAAUGCAAUGUGCUGGUCAAUUAAUCAAAAAGCGCCUGGUCUACUUGUAUUGUCGGAGCGAAUCAACUUUGAAGAGCUCGCUGCAUUUGUUAGCUCUGCUGGCUCAUUGAUUGUUGGGAUCUCGUCAAAUCGCAUUUACCACUUUCGAAUCACUGCAUUUCAAUCCGAUGAGGCAGCAGAUCGCAAUCGAGUAAAUAAUGCAGAGAGAGCUUUGCACGCUUUGAAAAACGCAUUUCAAUUUGCAACCACGAUUACCAUUCACAAUCAGAGCGUUUAUCAAUAUUUCCCAUAUGUUGAUAAUAAAGAAGGGCGUGGCAUCGAUAGCAGCCGGUUCGCUUUGAGCUUUAGCGAUAGGAUCGUUCAGGAGAUUCGAUGCGCUUUUAUGAAUGGGGAUUUGCAUUGCUCUGCGUUUGAUAAUAAUGAUCAUGAGGUGGAAGGUGUUAUUAAUUUAAUUAGAGGGAGUCUUGUAUCUGAUAUCAUAGAUUAUUUUGAUGGGACGAAUGUCAUGGAGCGGUUGGCACAAUAUAAUGGAUGUCCAGGCUGCAGUUAUUUAUUUUCUUUUUGAUUUUUUUCUGGUGCGAUCAGGAGAGCAUCGCUUGAUUUGUCACAGAGGAAAAGGGGAGGAGUGUGCGUGAUAGAUAUUGCAAGAGAAUGAGAAUUAUUGAGCUUCGUUUAGGAACAAUAUUUUAAAACACCA